GGUUUCUCCCGGAGUUAAAAGGGCCCGAGGAGCCGCCAUUAUAAACCCUACCCUUCUCCAUCCGCUCCCACCCUCUCGGCUGCCAGGAGAAGCAGCCGCUGCCGCCGCUUCGACAGCCACCGCAGGGUACCAAGAUGUUUGCAACGCAAUCUCUUAUGGCCCAAUUGGGUGGAUGAUGAGGGGAGAAAUGCGACUUGUGGCCCAAAGGUUCCAUCCACCGGCCCAAGUCUGAAUCGCCUCUACCCACACAAGCGGACGCGUCCUCUGAUCUCUGCUUCCGCCGCCGCCGCCACCGCCUCCUCUUCCGGCAACCCUUCCACUUGACAUGGCUGCGGCGCCGCCGGCGUUCACCGGUAACCUGAAGAAAGCACUUGCAGGUUUAAGGAGAAUCAAUUUAGAUGGGCUGCGUUGGCGUGUAUUUGAUGCAAAGGGCCAGGUGCUUGGACGGUUGGCAUCCCAAAUAGCUGUUGUGCUACAAGGGAAGGAUAAACCAACUUAUGCACCACAUGUGGAAAAUGGAGACAUGUGCAUUGUGCUAAAUGCCAAGGAUAUCAGUGUUACAGGAAGAAAAAUGACCGAUAAGAUUUACUACUGGCACACAGGGUACAUUGGCCAUCUAAAGGAUAGAAGACUCAAGGACCAGAUGGAGAAAGACCCAACUGAGGUGAUUCGCAAAGCUGUCCUGCGCAUGCUUCCCCGCAACAGGCUGCGUGAUGACAGGGAUCGCAAGCUGAGGAUAUUUUCUGGAAAUGAGCAUCCAUUGCACGACCGCCCUCUUGAACCGUUUGUGAUGCCACCCAGGCAAGUACGUGAGAUGCGCCCUCGCGCAAGGCGUGCAUUGAUAAGGGCCCAGAAAAAAGAGCAGGCAAACAGAGCCAAGGAGGAAGAAGAUGCUAAGAAUGCCAAAGCUGAGGUCACUGCAUAGGCACAUUCUGAUGUGUAUUUGCAUUCUUCAGAUAUACCCUAUCAUGUUUUCACAUUAUCUUUGUUUCUUUGACAUGUAGCCUGUCGAGCCGAAUAGGCACUAGAGCCUUAGGAACUUGCAAAACACAUUCUGAAUAUCUUUUGUAUUUUGUUACAGCAUGUAUCGCAAAACUUGUCUCGAGGUCAAGGCUCAGUUGCUUUUCUCUAGUGAAUAAGGCCCUCUUAAUCUCU